AUGUUCAAAAGGAGUGUCGAAUACGAAGGAAUGGACUGUUUGGACAAGUCCAAUCCCAUGUACAUGCAUUACAAAAUGAUGCUGCAGGAUGCAAUUUCCUGGGCCUCGCAAACAAAUUAUGCUGAAUAUACCGUCUACUUUGGAGUCGUUUUCAUUUUCAUUGGCUUACUUAAACAAAUAUACUAUAGAAUUAGAGAUCACACUUAUAAGUCCCACAUGGAUUCGAACACAGCCAUUUCAUUUAUAGAUGUGCUAGUAUCGUAUUGUCGGUAUGUGGGGUACAAGCAAACUCCGAGAUACUUGCAAUUUAUUGCAUCGUUUCCCAAGUCAGUUGGUUCAAGUUUGUUUGUAAUGUUGUCCACAUUGUACUUGGCUUGUUAUUGCUUUGUUCCUCAUUUCUGGUAUAGGGGUUGUGCCGGAUUCGGGUCACCGCCCUUGGCAGUAAGGGCAGGAUUGAUGUCGACAGCUUUGGUGCCAUUUAUAUAUGUCCUUGCCGGGAAAUCAAAUGCUAUAACGUUACUCACUGGUAUAAGCUAUGAAAAGCUUAAUGUGUUUCAUCAAUACGUCGGUGUUGCUGGGUUUGUUCUUGGCGUUGUCCAUACCAUUCCAUUUAUUUAUCAGACUUUGCAAGAAGCAGGAGCAGGAGCUUUACGUGAAAACUUUGUAACUGAUUUGUACUAUAUUAGUGGUAUCCCCACGUUGAUCCUUAUGGGAUUGUUGUGCACCUUGUCAAAGGCUUGGGUGAGAAGGCACUUUUAUGAAUUGUUUUUGCAUUUGCACUGGAUGAUGGGUAUUGCAUUUUUCGGUUGUUUGAUUUGGCAUAUUCAAUUUGCAUUGGGAGCACAAAAUUACAUGUGGGGGGCUUUGGCGUUUUGGGCAACCCAGUUGAUUUACAGAAUUUUGGUCAAAACUUGUUUCAAACCAACAUCAAUGUUUUUAAGAUCACGAAAAGCUCAUUUGAAUAAACUUGACGAAAACAC